AGCCCUGUUGCCUCAGCCGCCGCGCUCGCCCGCUUCUCGUCCGCCGACCUUCGGAGGCAAUUCCGCCCCUGCCCGGUCGCGCUCCGCGGGCCCCGCCGCUGUGCGAGAGCCUCCCCCGGCCAGCCAGGCUGGCUGACGCCGACGCCGCCAUGGAGUCUGGCCCGACGGGCGGCUCCAGCGAGAAGAAAAGGAUUAGCUCAGAACGGAGAAAGGAGAAGUCUAGAGAUGCAGCCAGAUGUCGGAGGAGCAAGGAAUCUGAAGUGUUCUACGAACUUGCUCACCAGUUGCCUCUUCCCCAUCAUGUGAGCGCGCAUCUUGACAAAGCCUCUAUUAUGAGGCUGACUAUCAGCUACCUGCGUAUGAGGAAGCUGCUUGAUGCAGGUGACCUGGAGGCAGAAGCUGAAAUGGAGACGCAGCUGAAUUGCUUCUACUUAAAAGCUCUUGAUGGAUUUGUCAUGGUUCUCUCGGAGGAUGGUGACAUGAUCUACAUGUCUGAAAACGUGAACAAGUGUAUGGGACUCACGCAGUUUGAGCUGACUGGACACAGUGUGUUUGAUUUCACUCAUCCGUGUGACCAUGAAGAGCUGAGAGAAAUGCUCAUCCACCGGAAUGGCCCUGUGAAAAAGGGAAAAGAACAGAGCACAGAGCGUAGCUUUUUCCUCAGAAUGAAGUGUACGCUGACCAGCAGAGGACGAACAGUCAAUAUAAAGUCUGCUACAUGGAAGGUACUUCAUUGCACAGGGCACAUUCGCACCUAUGAUCAUUGUACCAAUCAGACGGUCUGUGGGUACAAAAAGCCUCCCAUGACGUGUUUGGUGUUAAUCUGCGAACCUAUUCCUCACCCCUCCAACAUUGAAGUCCCCUUGGACAGCAAGACGUUCCUCAGCCGCCACAGCCUCGACAUGAAGUUUUCGUACUGCGAUGAAAGAAUUACAGAGCUGAUGGGGUAUGAUCCUGAAGAGCUCCUGGGCCGCUCUGUAUACGAAUACUACCAUGCCCUGGACUCUGAUCAUUUGACCAAAACACAUCAUGACAUGUUCGCUAAAGGGCAAGUGACCACGGGGCAGUACAGAAUGCUCGCCAAGCGAGGGGGCUACGUCUGGGUUGAGACUCAGGCGACGGUGAUAUACAACACUAAGAAUUCCCAGCCACAGUGCAUUGUGUGCGUGAAUUAUGUCUUGAGUGGCAUUGUUCAGGGGGACUUGAUUUUUUCACUCCAGCAAACGGAGUGUAUGUUGAAACCAGUGGAUUCUCCGGAGCUGAAGAUGACCAAACUACUGGGCAAGGACACCCUGGAAGACAGCAACAGCCUGUUUGAAAAACUGAAGAAGGAGCCCGAUGCAUUAACCUUCCUUGCUCCUGCUGCAGGAGACACCAUUAUAUCAUUAGAUUUCAGCACUGAUGAGUCUGAUGAGCAACAGUUUGAUGACGGUCAUUUGUAUAACGAUGUAAUGCUCCCCUCAUCCAGUGAGAAAUUGCAGAGUUUAAAUUUGGCAAUGUCGCCACUGCCUGCUUCAGAAGCUACGAAGCCGCUCCGUAGCAAUGCAGACCCAGCGCUCAAUAGGGAGGUGGUGUCCAAGCUGGAGCCCGGCACGGAGCCCCUAGAUCUUGCUUUCUCAGUCCGUCAGAAGCGAGAGCAGCCGGCCACUCCCUCUGAUGGAAGCACCAGCCAAAGCUCGCCCGAGCCAAGUAGUCCCAGUGACUAUUGUUUCGAUGUGGACCACGGAAUAGGCGGCGAGUUCAAGCUGGAGCUGGUGGAGAAGCUCUUCGCUAUAGACCCAGACUCAAAGAACCCGUUCUCUAUGCAGGGAACGGAUUUGGAUUUGGAAAUGUUAGCGCCCUACAUCCCCAUGGAUGACGACUUCCAGUUACGCUCCUUUGACCAGCUUUCUCCGCUGGAGAGCAGCUCGGCAAGCUCUCCUUCCAGUGUGGCCAGUGUUGCUGUAUUUCAGCCUGCUCUGGUGCCGUCUGCUGCCACAGAGGAGAUAAAACCCUUGUCCACCAAACAGAUAGAUGACUUGAAGCCCCUCAUCGCACCCGUCCAAAUCACUAUAGAAAACACGAGUCCUCCAGCCUCGCCGUAUGUUGAGAAUCCAAGCCGAACAGCAUCGCCGGUCAGAACAGGAAAAGGCAUGGUAGAGCAGAAAGGGAAAUCAAGUCCAGGAACCCCAAACAUAUUAACAGUCACAUUGGGUAAAAGUAAAUCAACUGCAACAAACGAAGACCUCAAUCCAAAGAUAAUAGCACUGCAUAACAUUCAGAGGAAACGGAAGAUGGAGCAGGACGGCUUGCUUUUCCAAGCAGUGGGAAUUGGUGCUUUGCUGGCGCAGUCGGGUGGUCCUGGAGCAAAUGUGUCCCUGGCUUGGAAACGUGUAAAGGGGUGCAAAUCUAAUGGACAGAAUGAAGUGGCGGAGAAGACCGUCAUUUUAUUGCCAUCAGAUAUAGCAAGCAAACUUCUAGGGCAGUCGAUGGACGAGAAGGGACUCCCACAGCUGACCAGCUACGACUGUGAAGUGAACGCUCCCAUACAAGGCAACCGAAACUUGCUUCAAGGUGAAGAGCUGUUGAAAGCUCUGGAUCAAGUCAACUGAGUCUCCCCCACCCACCCCCACACUGUUGUUGUUCCGUUUUAUUGGACACUGGUGAUUCACCACCUAAAAGCAGUCUAUUUAUAUUUUCUAUAUCUGAUUUUAGAAGCCUGGCUACAAAAUACUGCACUAAUUCAGUUAGUUUGGUUCUGAUCCUCUUUCUACUUUGGAGUCUCUUGUCUCCCUGUCUUUUUAAAAAAUAAAAAUACAUUCUUUACAGUAAAGAGCAGUAACUCAGCGAACUGCAUUUUCGUAAUCAAAUCUUUGGUACAGAUAUGUUUGGAAUUGGGGACAUUUUAGAGCACGCUCGUAAUUUGCAGCUUUUAAGUAGGCACCUUUUUUAAUUAUUUAUUUUUUAUUUUGAACCAGGAGUUUGUUACUGAAAAGUUGUUUCAUUGGUGAAACAGGCUCAGCCUUUUAGCAUGUGGUCUGUAGGCAAGUUGGAAAAACAACUUGUGAUUUGUAGCUCUAUUACGGCCAGAUAAAUUUUUACUUCUUUUACUUUUUUUAAAGAAGGAAAAAAAAACCCUAAACAUUGCUUUGCUGCAGUGCAUUUGUAACCACGAUCGCACAAUAUAUUUUCUUAAGAAAAUAAAAAAACAAUAAAAUACCAGCAGUUCCUCAUGCAAUAUAUUCUGCAUUUAUAUAGCUAGUUUUUAAGGAGAACAGCUCUUGAUUUUUUUUUCUCUUCCUUUCUGUUCCUCUUGUUAGGUUUAUUGCCUGUGAAAUCAUGUUGAAACUUUGGAGUAAUGCUAUCAUUUUAGUCACGUUGUACUACAAAAAAGUUCUUAAAUGUUGUAUUUUAUGUCCAAAUGUGUUUGGGAGAAAGGAAGACCUUGGUCUUGAGAAGCUAGCAAUGCUUGGGGGAUUUUUAGUUCAUUUAAUAAAAAAAAACCCGAUGGCUAAAAGUGUUUAUAUAUGGUAUGGAGAAAGAGAAAUUAUAACUAGAAUUCUGACUCACCCAAUGAAACCAAUUGUCAGUAAGUUCAUGGGAGACAUGGGAGACUUCUUCACGCAAGGCAUUAAUUAAUUGCCACAGCAAAGAAAUAGAAGAAAGCGCACUCCUGCCUGUAGCCGUUGGCCACAAUAGCUUAAACGCCUCCGUUUUCAGAGGCAGCGUACCUCUACAUACUUGUUUGCUGGGGGACAAUUUACAAGGGAGGGAUUCGUCUUCAUGCCCUGCUUGUGGACUUCCUUGAAGCAUCUGGGAAAUGGGGUGACGGAUUAGAUGGACCCUGGGUCUCAUCCAGCAGGGCUUUUCUGUUUAUGUGGGUAUGCUUUCUCUUAACUAAAAAAAAUAAUGUUUUUUAAAGUAGCCACUUUGCCAACACACAGGGAAAAAAGACCUCCCCCUCCGCCUAUAGCUGUGAAAGCCCAUGCUUAUAUUGUGUAUCCGAUGACCGAAUCUAAAUGUUCCAGUUACCUUGUUUGGUAGAGGUAAUAUUUCAAGAGAAUUGUAAAACAUCCUUUCUUGCUAGCAGAGUUGCCUAGUCCGACAUUGAGUUGCUCAGUAAUAUAUGAUGUUUUGGGUUUUAUGCACCUUGUUGCUAUUAAUAUCUGUAUAUUUUAUUCUAUUUCAUUUUGUUAACCAUAGAUUUCAGUAAUGCUGAAUAUAUUUUAGGAACUUUUUUUAAUUUAGGGAAUAUGUUACAAAACGUCUUAUUUUCCCUUCUUUGUGCUGGAAAAUAUCCCCCCUUUCCCCAGUUCUCUCUUCCUUUUUGUGGUUGGAUCUAACACUAACUGUAUUGUUUUAUUACAUCAAUAAACUAUAUGUGGACCAGG